AUGACAACGAAUCAUUCAUCCUCAACCCUUGAGAAAAGGGAUGUCGUAUCUUCUUUUAUCUUCCAUUUUCCACCUGAUCAACCGAAUGAGCCUGUCGUUGCGCUUUUCCGUCGUAGCGACAAGGUAAACACUUACCAACACCACCUUGCUCCCAUCUCCGGUACCAUCAGUCGCAACGACAAGGAUCCCCUCACGGCCGCUUGGCGCGAACUUCAGGAAGAAACAACACUCACGCCUGCAUCCCUAUCCCUCUGGCGAACCGGCAAACCGUUUACAUUCAGCGACCCAUCUGUGAACCGAGAAUGGAUGAUUCACCCGUUCGCUUUCCGACUCAUCAGCCCCGAAAGUACGAUCAAGAUAGACUGGGAGCACGAGGGAUGGGAAUGGCAUGAUCCACGAGCGGUGUCGGAUAACGAAUCAUUUGGCGAAGUCCCGCGACUAAAGGAAUCCCUCCACCGAGUCUGGUUCGAAGGCUCGGUCAACCCGCGAGCUGGGAAGGCCUUCGCAGCCUGCCUAGACCGAUUACACAACGAUCAUGAGAGUGGCGCCAACGAGCUGACAGCCAUUGCCUUGUCGGGGUUCCGCGAUUUCAUCAUGCAUACGCGGAACGGGCUGGACGAGAACUGGUGGGCCACGGUGCGGAUGGUCGCAUGGCAUUUAGUGAAGAACGGGCGCGAGAGUAUGGCUGCAGCGACUCUGAACGCCGUGUUAUCGGCCCUCGCGGGGAUCCACGACGUCUUGAUUCAGAACACGGAUGACGACGUAAAGUGGGAUCGCAUUCUCGCGCUGAUGGACUUCGAGGUGAGGAGAAGAACAGCGAACACAGGCCGUAUUCUGGAGUCGUUUACGGAAUACCUAAAGUUGAACUUCCUUGCCGAUGGGAAAAGAGACAAAAUCACUAUCCUCACUAUGUCAGCCAGCUCGACUAUUCGAGACAGUAUCCUCGAUGCGUUCGCCGCGCUAGACAUUCAGACGCUGGAGCUGCGAGUCCUGGAGUCCCGGCCACUCUUCGAAGGCGCCAGCAUCGCAUCGUCUAUCCUCUGCCGAGCCAAAACCCAAUUCGAGGGAUCAGACAAAAAUCUCAGCAUCAAAAUCUACACCGAUGCCUCGGCCGCCCUCGCCGCAGAAAAUGUCGACAUUGUCCUCCUCGGCGCAGACCGCAUCUCCGCGCACAAAGGCGUCAGCAACAAAACCGGCUCGUUGCCCGUCGCUCUCAGCGCAAAGCACGUGUCUCCAGAGGCACAGGUCGUCGUGCUCAGCGGACUCGAAAAGAUCAACGGGACCUGCGGCCUAAUCGACGAUAAUAAGCGGGAGGACAACGGGCCCAAGGAAGUGGUUCAUAGUUGGGGCAAUGACGGGAUAAAGGGGAUGAAGGUUCUUCACGAGGGGGUGGACAGUGGUAUUGUGGAAGUGAAGAACGUCUACUUCGAAUGGGUCCCGUUCAGUCUGAUUGAUACGUUUGUGAGUGAAGAGGGUAUCUUGGAUGUUGAGACGAUAGCUGGUCAGUCAAAGCAGUUGGGGCUUUUGGCGGAUCGAUAUUUUGGCGAUCUUUAG